AUGCCGCGUAUACCGCGAGCCACUGCGAGACGAUCGCGUGCAUAUAAGCCAAGAGACCCCCCGUUGAACAACAUGUCUGAAAAAUUAAGCACACAGGAAGUUCAAGUGAGCACCGUCAACUCGGGCCCCAAAUGGAAAAGCUGGCUCUUUUCCAAGGAGGACCACAGAGAGAUUACAAAGAAAUAUGCCGACGAGACUCUUGAUCUGAUGGACCAGCACGACGCCGAGGUGGCAGAGAUCAGCCCGGAGCAGGAAAAGAAGCUUGUCCGCAAGCUAUGGCUCACUGUUUUGCCGCUCGUGUGUCUGGUCAAUGCCACGUUGUUUGUGGACAAAAACGCCAUCAGUUAUGCUUCCUUGACAGGAGUGUUCCAGGAUAUGAGCUUGACGAAGCAGGAUUAUAACAAUAUCCAGACGUAUUUUUACGUCGGGUACCUGCUGGGCCAGUGUCCAUCGCACCUGGCGUUCCAAAAACUGCCUAUCUCUAGGUACGUGACAUUUGUCACGGCGACGUGGUGUCUGCUGUCGCUGUGCACGCUUGGCUGCAAGAGCUAUGGCGGGUUGUCAGCUCUGCGCUUUUUCCUGGGCUUUUUUGAGUCCGGCAUAACUCCGUGCGUCGAGCACACGAUAGCCAUGUUCUUCACGGUCGAGGAGCAGGCGAUCGUCAACCCCAUCUUCUGGGUCUCGUGCAUUGGAGUCGAUAUUCCUUGCGGGUUUAUCUCGUAUGGGUUGCAACACACCACUGUCUGGAGACCGUGGAAAUGGUACUGGCUAUUCGUCGGCCUGCUUUCUGCUCUCGUGUCGGUGGCAUGCUUCUUUGUCUAUCCAGAUAACCCUGCCACAGCAAGAUUCUUCACCGUGGAGGAGCGAGUGCACAUUGUCCGCCGCGUCAAACGGAGCUCCCGGUCGUCGAUCGAGCAGAAAACGUUCAAGACCUACCAGUUCGUCGAAACCGUCAAAGACCCGAUCACGUGGCUGUUUGUGGUAGCCAUCUUCCUCAACAUGCUCGAAAACUCCACCACGUACGAGGCCUCUAUCGUGUACAAGGCGCUCGGCUUCAGCAACCUGACAACGACGCUUCUGAUGGUGGUGCAGACCGGCUUUGGCGUUUUCUGUGCCAUCGCCGGUUCAAUUGCCCUGAGAAUAUUCCGCAGACAGUCCGUCUACGUUGCGUGUGUCUGUCUGUUUGUCGCGUGGCUGGGCGGCAUGCUGGCGGUCACCAUUCCUUACGACAACAAGCCGGGCAUUCUGGCGGGCAUUUUCAUGACCCGGCCAAACGGAACCGCCUACAUCAUCAUCUUUUCCCUGUGCACCACGACGGCUGCUGGCUACACGAAAAAACUCACGAGAACCGCCCUUUUCAUGGUCGCCUACUCCAUUGCCAACUUCAUUUCGCCGCAGCUGUGGCAGUCAGAGUACGCUCCGCGGUACAUUGUGUCCUGGAGCGUCCAGAUCGUGUGCUCGUUCACCCUGUGUCCGCUGUGCCUGCUGGUGAUCAGAUAUAUUCUUCUGAGACGCAACAGACAAAGACUGGCUGCGAUGGAGAGCGACGACGGAGACGACUACGGCUAUAUCGACGAGAACGGCGAGAACGGCGAGAUUGUGCGCCAAAAAGUGGAUGUGUCCAUGCUGGACCUCACCGACCUCGAGAAUAAGAAAUUUAUUUAUCCUUUAUAG